CUUCUGCAGCAUCUGUGACAAGUGAUGAUCGUAUUGGACAAUUUGCUGAGUGAGCUGGUGUUGGGUGUUGCGGUUUUACGCUAGUUCUCCAAAACGGUGCUGCCUUGUUGCCCGUUCUUCAAAAUCCGAUUGGAACUUGUAACCUUGCCUGCAAUGGUAUAUAGGGGCAUGCUUGAAAGGAACCAGCGCCCUUUGUGAGGGACGGUGAUGGGUGAGAUCCCAGAAGAGUUUGACAACGGAGCAUUGUAAUCUGGCUAGGUACUCGACGUGAGGAAAGCUGAUAUGGACUGAUCGGAUAUUCGUCUUGACUAUCAGCCAUCGUCUUGAACUGUCAGAAGCUGUCUGUCAUGGCCAAGAUGGCAAAAUAGUAUUUGGUGAUAGAGGCAAAGAGCAGAAGUGACAGAAUAAUUGUCAGCAAGUUUGGCUAGUGCUACAUAAGGAUCAAGAUUGGGAGUGACUUGUGUUUGAUAGGUCAAAACCAAUGAUUUCUGCCUACAGAUAACGAUUUCACUCCAGUGCACUGAGUGAGUGGGUGGGUCUUCUUGGUCUGCAGGCUUGGAGCUCUUUUUAUGAACUGAACUUUGUGCUGUGGACUGCCAAGUUUACUUUACAUGUCAUUCAGUUGAUGUGUUUAUCUUUUACAUCAGUCAAUUAUAAUACCUAUUGAAUACCCACCCACCUUGAAGGAUAAGGAUGCACCAAAUUCAAAUUUGCACCAUUGUCAUUCAAGUUGGUAUGUAGUGAGAAAAAGAGCCAUUUUUGUGGAAUUCACUUUGAAGUAUUGGGCACAUAUAAGUUGCAUGCUUCCUGACAAGUAAGCUCCACCAAUUGCACAAUGAUUGUGGCCAGUAAGUUGUCAAGCUAUCCAUGUGGUUGCCAUGAAGUGGCCCAUGCAUGGACAUCUUCAUGUUUCAAGUCAUGGCUUGAUGUGGGUGUGCCUGGCAUCACAGAAGCUGCAAAGAUAUACUUGCCCUUGUUUAUCAUAUCAAGGCUGGUGAAAUCUAGAAAAUGGAAUGCAGAAAUGGUGUUGAAGAUCUUUAAGGAAACUGUGCAGUCAUCUGCCUUCCUUGGUGCCAACUGCUACUUUCUUCUAUCAAGCUUUUGUACUGUGAGAUGGCUGCUACCAUUUGUCCCUGUGAGAGAAGGAAUUAUGUUGGCAUGUGUGGUUAGCUCAUACAUGUCCAUUAUGAUUGAAAGGGAGAGCCGCAGAGAUGUAUUGACUGUGUACAUGAUGAAUGUGGCAUCUGAAACACUGUUCAACUUUCUGCUAGAACAAGGUCUUGUCCCAAACAUUCCACAUGGACGAAGUUUGCUUGCAUCUGUGGCACUAGCAGCAAUGAUGUACCUGUACAAGCUUGGCAGAUCUGAGGCCCUGGUUGGCCAGCUAGCACAGGCACUGCUGGGAACAGCUGAAAUAUACCCACCAAGAGCUGGCAGUUGCAGAAAAGACCUCACAGCAGGAAUGAAACUGUUCAACUACAUCAGCAGCAUGAUCACUGGGAAGCCUCAGAUCACCACCCAGAGCAGCCAGAGCAGCGACAGGCCAUUGUCCGUUCCUGCCCACCCUGGGCUCUGCCCACACCACGGCGCGUGCCUGCGGUAUGCGUGGCGCGGACUGACCGAGUCGCUGCUGCUGGGCGUGGCGGUGCAGGCGGGCGUAACGGGCGGUGGCGCCCUGCUGCGCCUGGCCUCUAGCGGGCGGCGGCCGCUGCUGCCGUCGCCUGUCGUCCUGCUGCCGCUCGGUCUCUGCCUGGGCUCCGUUUCGGGCCUGUUCCGGCUGGCCAGCUGCCUGCUGCGCCGGUGGCGCGGCCGCGACGCCGCCUGGCACGCGGUGCCGGCCGGCCUGCUGGCUGCUGCCGGCCUCCGCUUCUACAACAGCCCGUCGCUCACGCUCUACCUCUUCUGGAAGACAGCCGAGGCGUGGUACGCGCACGGCGCGGCGAGCGGUCGGCUGCCGCGUGCGCCUGGCGCCGUGCCGCUGCUGUACGCGCUUAGCACGGGCGUCGUGCUGAGCGCCGCCGUGCUCGAGCCGCACCAGAUCAGCCGCUCAUACUGGGCGUUCCUGCGUACGCUGACUGGCGGCCGCGUGGCGCAGAUGAACCGGGCGCUGAUCGCGCGCCAGUGUGGCACCGACAGCCUCCGGCUGGCUGACGUGCGCGCCUUCCGGCCCACGUUCCGGCCGGAGGACGUGCGUGCCGCCAGUCUGCCCAUCCUGCGCGAGCUCGGCCAGCUGGUGUAGGCCACGAGCGGCCGCCUACGGGGCUGGAGAGGUGGGUGCCCUGAGACGGGACCGGGUCGGCGCAAUGGCCACGUGAUUAUUCGAUCAGGGGAAUAGUGAUUAGGAAAAGGGGCUUUGUCUUAGGCGUGCCCGUGCAAUACGUCUUCUUCCUGGAUGUGCCUUGGCCAGUGGCGCACAGUGCAACGGUUGUUUUACAGAAUGUUUUCGACGCUUGGAGACAGUCGUCAGCCUUCCAAAGCCACGCCUUGCCGCACAUGACAAUGUUAGCGACUCAGAGCAAUGGAUGGUUUAUGCGACCAUCGAUGCGAAACAAGUGACUGUUUUUGACGGGAUGUAUUGGUAUUCAGUGUACAGGCGCUGUUUGGUUAUGGACAGGCGUAGGCUCCAUGGGAGAUAUGCAUAUUUGGUAGCGACGAUAGCAUUGUUAGACAGAGAAAGUGAUGCCACGUUCGGGUUAGACUCAAGAAUGUUUACCUUGUUGAGCCGGGAGCAUCCGGUGGUUGUGUGCUGGGACCGGGUCCGGCAUGAGAACUAGUUAGAAUGCCACGAUUUCUCUUGGCAAUCCACGUGCGUCAAGGUCAUUCAGCAUAUCGGUGAACGGAUGAAGUACUCUAACGCUGUUUGGGCGUGAUAUUUGUCUAAGAACCAUGUGUAUUUCUUUGUGGGGAGUCUUGCGUCAAUUUGGGUGAAGUAAUACAGCAAUGAGU